AUGGGAUCUCCAGAGUGCUACCCGGGAGGAUACCGCAUGUUGAGAAACCCGUAUCGCAGCGUGGACUUUGACUCCAGUGACCUGCAGAACACCGCCAUACAGGACCUGAUCUGUGAUCACUCCCUCUCCCCAGGAUGGUACCGCUUCAGCAUUAACAACAAGCCUGCAGAGAUGCCCACCAGCUGUGUGGAAAUGAACAGAUGUGGCACCCAGGCGCCUGUGUGGCUGUCUCUCACUGAUAGCUCGUUGCCCCGCCCAGGGGAGGUCCGCCAGCUCUCGGCCUGUGCCACCUGGCAGUUCUUCCACGGGAGCACCAAGGACUGCUGCCUCUUCCGCAUCCCCAUCUCAGUACGCAACUGUGGGGAGUUUCUCCUGUACUACCUGCAGCCCACCCAGGGGUGUAUGGGAUAUUGUGCCAAAGCAAGUCUCCCUGCAUUAUCCUACAAGCCUGUGAUCAUCCCAGAGCUGGUGGGCAGCAGUGUCCACCUGCGAUGCACCUUCAGUGGGGUGAAGACCUCGGGACUCCCCUUGGGCUAUCUGGUGGUCUGGGCCCGACACCUGGCAUCCAAUAUGAAGGUGGAGAUCAGGAAAGAUUUUAUCAUGGAGACCUUCUCAUUGGUGGAGAUGGACGGAGUCCACUUCAGACUGGGGGAGACGUUCUCCUGCAGUGUUUCCACGUUCCUGGGUAACUCCAGCCGGACACAAUCUCUGGCUAAAGAGAGUGAGAGCUUCUACGCUGGAAUUAAGUUUGUUCCAGAUGUGCUGCACAUUGCGGAGGAUGGUAAAGAGCAUGCUGUAACCAUCCACAGUACACUGCCUAUCCCCUGUUACGGGACAGAGCACGGCCGACCAUGUGGAGUCACUCUCACUCUGAGUGUCCGUGACUCAGACAGCCUGGAUCCCAGCGUGGAGGCCCCCAACAUGGCCCUGUCUACCUGCCAGGUGGAGCUGCAGCCUACUGCAGCCUGCAGCCGGAGCCAGGGGUGUGCCUGGGCCAGCCUCACCCUCACCGCCGUCACAGACUUCACCCGCGACGGCAACCGCCCCAGCCUACUCAGCGCCACGCCACGCUCUGACGCACCGCGCCUCUGGAGGGGAUACAGCCCCACACCCCUCAAGGUCACAGUUCAAGAUGUUCCCACUGCAAGCUGCUACUCUCUGACUGAUCCACACAUCAUCACAUUGGAUGGCAGACGCUAUGAGAACCAGCAGACGGGUACCUUCAUCCUCUACAAGAGCCUCCACCGCGCGUUCGAGGUCCAGGCUCGUCAGUGGGACUGUGGCAGCCGCCAUUACGCUGUGUCCUGUAACUGUGGAGUGGCGGCCAGGGAGGGAAACGAGGUGGUCAUGCUGGACAUGUGUAACGGUCAGCUUCAGGAGACCAGGCCCCAGCUCUCUCUGAAGAACCUGGGAGGAUAUAACAGUGGGUCCAGAGGGACCAGCAGCUCCAGUCAGUAUCGGAUCAAGAUCCAUGAAUCUCACCAGGGAAAGAAAAUUACAUUGAUCUUUCCGUCUGGGGCCUUUGUGAGGGCGGACAUCAGUGAUUGGGGGAUGAGCCUGUCAAUCAGAGCUCCCAGUGUGGACUACAGCAGUACCACGGGACUCUGUGGGACGUUCGACCGGAACGGUCACAACGACUUCCAUGGACCUGAUGGCACCACCUAUGGGAGCACUGAACAAGAACGCUUUGUGGAGGAAUGGAGGCUAGCCGCGGGGGAGAGCUUAUUUGACACCAUGCCCCCUGUAAUGGAGGUGGAGGAACUACGCCCUUUCUGUCGGUGUCAGGAGGGCUACAGCAUGUCUCUGCAUUUCACCACGGGCCACACCGGCGAUAGCCACUAUAACUUUAACCCCUCGUCGCCCCAGCACCAGGCCCAGUGCCAGUCUCACGACAACGUGGAUUACACCUCUGUCUUCCCCUGGGUGGACACUACCUCUGAGUACAUUAGGAGCUCUGAGCCAGAACAAAGUGACCACCAGGGAGUGUCCAUCCUGAACGGGCCAGCUCUGCCUAUAGAGAUACACAAACAGCCGAGUUCCCAGAUGGUGGACUACGGUGGUUUUGGGGACCACGGUGAUAAGAGUGAGAGAGAGAUUGACAGGGAGCUCAGGAGAGACUUCCUGGUUGCCGUAGAUGACAACAGGCCCAAGACAAAGAGACAGGCGCUGUACGAGUUCCAGCCCAUCUUCACCUCUCAGUCCCUGAGCCAAGCGGACCUGGAGAGCUUAGCCUAUUUCUUCCCUGAGGACCACCACCUGUCUGCAGAGCGACCAGUGGCCCAGCCUGUGUGGCCCACCCCGAGUGGGCUUACCUCGGUCAAGGCCCUGGAGGUGUGCCAGCUAGCCCUGGGGAACUCCACGGUGGGGACAGUGUGUAGAGGGCUGCUGGGCCGGAGGCUGGAUGAGGCAGUGGACCUGUGCAUCCUGGACCUGCAGCUCAAGGAUGACCUGGCCUGGGAGGAGGCUCUGGUGCACUACCUGGAGAACGAGUGUGAGAGGAGGCUAUUGGAGAACCGGACCCAGAGGGUUCUGGAGCUGGGGGAGUCCAGGGCUGGGAUGGAUGGGGUUGAGGGGAUCAUUGGGACGGUACUCACCGCACUGCGCUGCCCCAACUUCUGCAAUGGGAACGGCCAGUGCACUGAGUGGGGUUGUCAAUGCUAUCCUGGCCACAGCUUCUACGACUGCAGUCUGGCUAUCAGUCAGCCCGUGGAGCUGACAGACCUGGAGAACAGUGGUCUGUGUGACAUCAGAGCGUUCGACUGUCGCAGCGUCCGGGUCUUCGGCCUCGGCUUCAUCGACUCUCCCAACCUGGGCUGCCACCUCACACGACUGAUGUACCUGAAUGGUGACCGGGUUCCGAGAGAGAAGCAGAGGACCAGAGCUACCUUCCUGAGCUCCAAGGCUUUAGAUUGUUCCGUCCCCUCACUGAACAGCAUGAUGACUAUCAACGCUGUGGACUUUAUGGUGGAUGAGAAACCCUAUGCCCGCUGGGAAGUCAAGGUGACCAAUGACGGCUCUCAGUACAGUGAGCCUAAGUUGAUAACAAUCUACGAUGGUGUGUGCCAGGUGUGUGAACCAACCCACUCCGGACUCUUCAACCAGCCCCCCAACCUGCACCAGCCUCAGGGGGGCCUCAGCACCUUCGCGGGGGAGAACUUUGUGUUCCAGUUCACGGCGGCGGACCCCGAGGGCUCGGCACUCCUCUUCCUCCUUGAGCAGGGCCCUCCCGACGCCAGCCUCUCCCCCGCCGGCCUCCUCAUCUGGAAAGUCGAUCCAGUGGAGACACAGGGGAAGUCUCGGCAGAGCUUCGAGUUCACGCUGUCCGACGAGUGCAAUGCCCAGAGCAGCUACACCGUCGAGGUGGCUGUGAAACCGUGUGGGUGUUUGAACGGCGGGACGUGCGUCACCAACGUGGCCUUCCCGGCGGGCAGCGGAGAAUACCUGUGUGCGUGUCCCCAGGGGAUAGGAGGGGUCCUGUGUCAGGAGGACUUUGACGCGUGUCUUUCGGCUCCGUGCGGUGCCGGGGUGUGUGUUGAUACCGUCGAUGGCUUCCUCUGUGAAUGUCCUGCAGGCCUGAGAGGCGCUACCUGUCAGGAAGAUGUGAAUGAGUGUGAGAGGACACCCUGCUUGCCUGGAGUCCAGUGCUUCAACAGCUUCGGCUCCUACAGGUGUGGAGGCUGUCCCCACGGCAUGCUGAGAGAUGGGACCACCUGCACAACAGCUGUACGGUCAAUCACCACUGUCCCUACCACCACCACCACCACUACCACCACCACCUCUAAGCCCUCACCCAACAACAGACCAGACCAACACAAUCCACCCAGGAUGGACACUGGCAGAUCUGGAAUCCCACCGACCAAUCAGCCUGGACUCCCACAAACCAACAUGCCUGGACUUCCAGAGACCAACAGGGCACCUGUCAAGGCCCCAGCUGUACAUACACCGUCUAAGAAUGGACAAAAAACUGGCAAGUACCCCGAAUGGAACAACAACAAUGUGACAGGUACGUGUGCCAGCCGACCGUGCUUCCUGGGGGUCCAGUGCAUCGACCGACGUCCACCCUACACGGGCUAUGUCUGCGGGCGCUGCCCACCGCCCCUCAAUGGCAACGGACGCACCUGCACCAAAACCGCUCGAGAUAACCCUCACCUGACCCAGCAGCAGCUAACAAUAGCCAAGAGCAGCAAACUCUACCACCACAGCAACAGUAAAGUGUCCCAACUCCACCUUCCCACCUUGCCCCCCAGGCACGCAGUCAAACAUCUCUCCUCCCUCUCCUCGCCAGUCUCCAGGGGAGCCUAUCAGAGCCCCCCGCACCUUCCCCUCUCGCCUGCCCGAGGGCCAAUCACUGGGUGGAGAGAGGCGGCCACGCCCCUAUUUCCUAGACACACCCCUAUGUCACCUGAAGGUUCCAACAGCCUCACCAUGGGCAGUCAUCAUGCCAUCAGUGCCCUCACUAGGACUCGUGCCAAAACAGGUGCCAAUGCCAGCGCUACCUCACUCAAGGCGACAACCAGAGAGUCUGUAGCUGUCAUGCGGAGUGCCACCUCUUCCAAGGUUACUCCUCCAUACUCCACCUACCCCAAGGUUACUCCACCCCAAUCCAAGGUGACUCCACCCCAUUCCUCAGCCAACAUAGGGUCCAGGAAGGCAACCCAAGGGAAGCUCAUAAAUGUGGUAGUGGUGCCCACCAUGACCAAGCCCUGGACCCUCCCUAAAGCUGUGGCCCCGUUGACCGCAGCCCUCUCCUCCAUUACCUACUCCCUCUCUGAGUCCGAGUUCUCCGCCGACGGAGCACUGACGGGGCCUGGCUCGAACCCCUCUGACCUACUUGACCACCCACAGGAACCCCUGGUCUCCCUCACCCUCACCACCCCUGCCCGGAAGCACCACCACACACGCCCCCUUACUCCCCCCCUCCACAGGGCCACGUCUCCCCACCUCCACCGUGGGACCAGGAUCAGUAAUACUGUGGCAGUGGAGGGGGAGCGGCCUCUGACCUGCGCUGACAUGCCCUGUUUCCCAGGGGUCCCCUGUGAACCCACCAGGGACGGGGGCUUCCACUGUGGAAGGUGUCCCCUGGGAUAUACCGGAGACAGACAAACAUGCAGAGCUGUGUGCAGGCAUGCGUGUGGCAGGAACAUGGAGUGUGCCGCUCCCAACACAUGCCGCUGUAAACCAGGCUACACCGGGACCAACUGUCAAACAGCGAUCUGUAAACCUGAGUGUAGGAACGGAGGCCAGUGCGUCGCCCCGGGGGUGUGUGAGUGCCUGAAAGGCAACCACGGGGAGACGUGUGAGACAGCUCUGUGCAGUCUGCCCUGCGAGCACGGAGGAACAUGCGUGGGACCCAGCACCUGUUCCUGUCCCUACGGCUUUGUGGGCCCCAGAUGUGAGACCAUGGUGUGUAACCGCCACUGUCACAACGGAGGAGAGUGCGUGUCUCCUGAUGAGUGUUCCUGUCUGCCUGGCUGGACCGGACCCUCCUGUGAGACAGCUGUGUGCUCCCCUAUGUGUCUGAACGGAGGGACUUGUCUUCGUCCGAACACAUGUGGCUGUCCCCAGGGCUUCUACGGCGCCCAGUGUCAAAACGCUGUCUGCAGCCCUGCCUGUAAGAACGGGGGCGUAUGCAUGAGAAACAGCGUCUGCUCCUGCGCCGAGGGAUACACCGGAUGGCGCUGUGAAAAAAGUGUAUGUGAGCCCAUGUGUAUGAACGGCGGGCGGUGCGUGGGUCCAGAUGUGUGUGACUGUCCAUCUGGAUGGAGAGGAAAGCGGUGCGAUAAACCCACUUGUCUACAGAAGUGUCUGAAUGGAGGAGAGUGUGUUGGCCAUAACACUUGCCACUGUCCUCCAGGCUGGCAGGGCAUGCUAUGCCAAGUCCCACUCUGUGAACAGAAGUGUCUUUAUGGGAGCCGCUGUAUCCGCCCUAAUGUAUGUGCCUGCAGGAAAGGGUAUUCAGGGGUCCUGUGUUCCCAUAAGAUCCUCAAAAGCUGCACCAUCGAGAGCAUCUUGACUGGCUGCAUCACCACUCGAGGCCACAUGCAUGGUGACCGGGCCCAGAAAGGAUCCGUUAUUCAAGAAAUGGCAUGA